GAGAAAAGAACAUCAAUGGGGUCUGCAUCUGCAAGUGCGGGCGAUUCACCGCCCCCAUCAAGCCCCGAUGCCGCCCAAAACAACAUCCAGCAUUUCUUCGUUCUCCACAAAGCAUCUGAAAAAUCAACUUCUGGUGGGCGCCGAAAGAGGCUCGACCUAUGCCCAACAAAGCUUAAGGAAGGCGACGAGGGCUGCUUGCGAAUGGAAGCAUUUCAGUUAGUUUGGUCAGGAAUCGAAUCCUCCAUCAAGGACGUUCUGAGGAAUAUGAAUGCUCAGGUUUUCAACCAGAUACACAGCUGGGUAUGCGAUUCCUUCAGUGCUAUGAAGCCAAUUGCUCCCAUCCCUUCUCCUCUCGGCCCUUUUCCGAUUGUCCACGCUACUUCUUGUGCACAGCUCUUCACUGCGCUCCUUCUCACCAGGAAUAUCGAGUUUGUUGACGAUUUUUCGACAUUUCAAGAGCUUGGCCUCAGCCUGAAAUCUCACGGAUGCCAUGUCGCUAACCUUUCCUCUCUCGACUUUUCACCGAAGAAUGGGAUUGCUGGUUGUCUUUCAAGUUUAUUGAGACAGUUUUUGAUGCGCUCUUUUGACGCAGGUGAUAUGUCCCUAUUGGCAUCAUGGUACAGCCAGCACGGAAACUAUGGUUCUCAGGUGGUUGUCAUUAUAAACGACAUGGAAAGAUGUUCUAUUCGCUUGUCUGAUUUCAUUCUUAUGUUGAGUGAAUGGGUUGUCAAGAUCCCAGUCAUUUUAAUAAUGGGAGUUGCAACAACGUUGGAUGCCCCAAGAAUAUUUCCUUCAAAUGUGCUGAAGAAGUUGUGCCCUUGCAUGUUCAUGUUGGGAUCACCGGCUGAGAGGAUGGAUGCAGUUGUUGAGGCUGCUCUUGUGAGGUGCUGCUCUGGUUUCGCUGUGGGUCACAAGGUGGCUAUGUUUCUGCGAAACUACUUCUUCAAUCAGGAUGGUACACUGGCAUCUUUUAUUAGGGCUUUGAAGAUAGCAUCUGUCCAACAUUUCUCCUCGGAGCCUUUAAGCUUCAUACUUGGUCGAUUGCUUGUUAAAGAAGGAAGCAAGGGAUCUCAGAAUGAGAAAGUGAUCAAGUGUGCUUCCAAAGUUUUAUUUCAUGGAAGGGAUCAAAUGGCUGAACAAACUGAUAUCAAUAUAGCUCAUGGUUUGACAGAGUUGAAGAGAUUGCAGAUGCUCUGGAGCACUGUUGUUCUGUGCUUAUAUGAAGCUGGGAAGUUCGACAAAAUUCAAUUGUUAGACUUAUUUUGCGAGGCGCUUGAUCCAGAUAUUUACAACUCACUGGCUUCUGAUAAUGAUAAUCUCACUGGAGUGGGAAAGAGUUUUGCUACAUCUUUGUCAAGUGAUCACUGUGUGCUUGAACAAAAUUUGAGCUCCCGAAAGGGACACCUAAUUUGUCAGGUAGUUCGCAAAGUGAGGGAUCUUCCUGCAGUAUUGCUCUGUCAGUUGCUCAAAAGUUGGGAAGUUCUCACUGUCAAUGUUUUUGAGAUUCAUGAGAAGGUAAAGGAGCUGCAGUCAUUAAUGAAAUUUGAGGGAGGAAGUUGCAAACCAGAUUUGACUGACAUAUCCAAGAGAAAUAGAGCUCACAGUGGAAAAGCUGCUAUAUUAAUUGACUGUAUGGUGAGGUAUUUCAUGAUGCCGAUUGAGUGCAUACAUCUUCAUGAGAUUUCCUGCUUUAGAAAUGUUGAAAAACUUCAAUCGGUUUUAAUUGGCGACUCGAGGAAAAGGAUUCAAGUGGAUCUUUUGGAGUUCCAUAAAAUCCUACGAUGCAGUUGCUGCAGUAAGAGUGGCAACACUCCAUUGUCUACCAUGCCUGAUACCUCAAUUGUAUAUACCCUGGCUCAAGAGCACGGGGAUCUUAUCAACCUUCAUGACUGGUUCCAGUCUUUCAAGACAAUUGCUAUUCAGCCCAAGAGGAAAGCGAAAUGCAAGUUAAAGCAGUCCCCACUACCCAAAAAAAGAAAAGAAAGCAAUGACUCGGAAAACAAGAGUGAAGCAUCUAUUCAAGCACGAUUUUGCAGGGCAAUCACAGAACUACAGAUUACAGGCCUCAUUCGGAUGCCAAGCAAAAAACGUCGUGACUAGAGAGUGGCCUUUGGUCUGUGACAAGCUGUACAAGGUCAGUUGGCUCUUAGUUUUCCCCUUUUACUUGCAUCGCCUCGGAAGAUUAUCGUGAAACUACAGAUAUUGUCCUUGUCUGCUUUAGAAAUUUUGCAUGCGCACGCGGGCACAUUAUGUAUAUACAGUACAGAUGAUCCUCCUUUCGACUAACAUUAACAGGAUGGGCUUCGGACACAAGAUCAAGAAGUAGAAAGGACAUUAGUGAUUGUAUGUACCAAAUAUUAUUAUUAUAAACUUUUUUCUUUGGUAAAAUAUUAUUGUAAACUUUUGGUUACCAACUAAUUACAUGAUAGUCCUUAAACUAGUUAUAAAUAAAUAAGGUGCGUACUCUAUAGUGAGUUUAACAUCAA